UUACAUUACUGUAAUCCUCAGAAAUCUACCAAUAAAUCAAACAUUUUAUGAAAGACAGAGCAAAAUGUGAGGUAAAUCAAGGACGUUCUGAAAAUUAUUGAUGGUUGAGCUCGACGUACAUUAUGAAGAAAAUUAGCAAACACAGAAAGGAUAAAUCUGAAAACUUAUGCCAAGUCGUGAUAGCAGUUGACAAGCACGUUCUGUCUCUGACUGACACACACCCGAGUUAAAAAAAAAAAGUGUAAAGAUCAGCUGCUGAGAGAGUGACGCCAAAUGGUAGCUCCACUCUUGGACCUAUUACAGCUAAGUUUAAUUUGGAGAGUGAAGAGAAAACAGUGACUAAGGCACGCGGCUGUGUAGCAGGCACUGAAGUACAGUAAUCGUUUGCAUUGGGUGUGGAAUUUGGCUAGAUUUAUCGCCUGUCUAAACGUUCACAAAGCUACUGGUGACUUCUAUAGUUAUUCAGAAUAGCUUUAAUUUUUUUCAGAAGCACACUGAUUCACCAUGUCUGUACCAUCUCCAGGGAGCUCUGGCACUGCUGCUGCACCAGGUGGCUCCCGAAAACUUCAGCAGACACAAGCACAGGUGAAUGAGGUGAUGGAUAUUAUGAGAGUGAAUGUUGACAAAGUAUUGGAGAGGGAUCAGAAACUUUCUGAACUGGAUGAUCGAGCUGAUGCCCUACAAGCUGGAGCAUCUCAGUUUGAAACUAGUGCUGCCAAAUUAAAGAGGAAGUAUUGGUGGAAAAAUUGCAAGAUGUGGGCAAUAUUAGGAGCGGUUGUUGCUAUUUUAAUAAUUAUUAUUAUUGUGUGGAGUGUGUCUUAAGGAAGUAGAGCUGUGUGGACUGUCAUGACCGAGACAACCAACCGCUUUAUCUGCACUUGGGUUUCCUACUGUAUCCAGUAAUUCACUUCAUUUGGAAAGUUAUCUAAAGACUUAUUUUAGAAAUGAGCUUACACAUGAAAAAUUACCCAUGUGUGUGUGUAUAUAUAUAUAUAUAUAUUGAAAUCACUUUGUUUAAAAGCACAACCAUACUUUACCUAGUGCCUUAAUAGUAAUGCUAUGAGUCUUGGGCAGUGGAGCAGUAUAUAUUCAAGUUAAUUCAUGACCAAAUUUUCCUUCUGUUUCCUACAAUGCCUAUUAAAUUGCAUUUUUGCUCUGA